AUGGACGAGUUACCUCCAGAGCUUUUGGUGAAAAUCCUGAAUCGACUUAACGAUUCCGAAGACCUAGCUCGAUGUCGAGUCGCUUCCAAGAGAUUGAACUCGCUUUGGAGGGAGGUUCGAGCCGUGAGUCUCAUCUGCACAUUGUCCCGGUACUCGAAAUCGCGGUCGAUCGCCGUCACACCGUUCAAGACGGUCUUCAAGAGCUUGAUCGAAGAUUCUCGUAACAUUAGCUCCGUCUCAGUCGCGGUCGAUAAGGCGCUUAGCGGGAUAACGUUUGAUGACUUGAUUGAAGAAGACUCCGACGAAUUGUACCUGACCGAUGUCGAAUUCGUGCGAGAGUGGUUGCCUAGGGUCCGUGAUAACCUGGAGAUCUUGUCAAUUUCAGAUUUCUGGAUUCAGUCUUGCUGGAGAAAGUCGGAUGUUUUGGCGCUCAUUUCUUUAAACUGUAGUAAGUUAGUCAAACUAGAGGUGAAGAAUGCUUGGCUCUCAGUUGUUGGUCUGACCCUGAUGCCUAAUCUCAGACAUUUGACACUUGAAUUUAUCAGACUCGAUGAUGAGAAUCUAGACAAGGUCAAUGAUUGUUUCCCUUUUCUUAAAGUGCUGAAUUUGAUUGGCGUUGGAGGACUUAAGGAACCGAGGAUCCGUUUUCUGCACCUAAAGAGUUGCCAUUGGACAGUGUCGAAUGCUCCACUUUCCUUGGCUAUUGUGGCUCCGAACCUCCUUGAACUCAAGCUAAAAUGCAACAAACCCAAAUCUAUUCUCCUCGAAACACCCAAGUUGGUGAAACUCCAUCUUUCUGUAGAGGACGCUGAAGGUGUUAGUAUCGCAGAGCUUCAAGAUCUGAAUACUUUAGAGGUUAUAUCUCCUGACAUGUACAGGCUAAUCAGGAACACCCGAUUUGGCAACAAGAUCAUAAGGCUUGCGGUGGAUUCAGUCAGGUCUAUAGAACAAUCUGAAAGGCUAAAACUUGGACUGGGGACACUCCUUGAAGCAUUCCCUGGCAUCAUUUCUCUGAAUUUGAGUCCUGUGACAUGGUCAAACAUCGAAACCCAUUUCCAAAGCGAAGGUCUAGUACAUAUGAAGGGAACAGAUAGCUUGAAGCAAAUAACAGCGCGUGUUCAGACGCCAAGUCAUGCCGAUGUUCAUCAAACAGUUUCUUUCAUCAGGUCUAUACUCGAUAACUGCAGAGGUGUGACAGACAUGAGACUGAUGAUUCAUCAGGACACAGAUUUUAGAGUAAGAACCUAUUUGAUCUCGGCGUGCACGAUGAGUAACCCGAGAGUGAGAUGGAAAUGGGGAGUGUGGGCUGAAGGAGGUGAAGAUAUGUGGGCUUCUAUUGGCGCCUAAGGCAUAACGCUCAAGUCUGAAACUUGAAUUCUUCUGUAUAUAUAUACUUGUGAUGAUGAUGGAUGAUGAUGGUAACCAAGAAUUCGAUUUGAUGCGUUGGAAUGUUUCCAUAUGUUGUGCUGAAACUUGUCAGGCUUUAAAAAGCAUUCUUAGAGAGUUUGUAUACUAAUGUAGACAGUUAGUCACCAUGUAAUAUCAUAGCUUCACCGUAUAAAACAGGUUUAUGAUUGAUCAGCUAA